GGCCACGCCGCCUUCUCCCCGCCCCGGAAGGCGCCGGGGCCGGCGCUGCGGCGAGCGGGCCGAGGCCAUGGUGGUGCUGAGCGGGGCGCGCUGGCUCCGCUGCCGCCUCACGGACCGCUUCUGGAGGGUGCAGGAGGUGCUCAAGUAUGCGCGGCACUUCCGUGGCAGGAAGAACCGCUGCUACAAGCUGGCAGUACGGAGCGUCCGGAGAGCCUUUGUGAAGUCCACCAAGGCCAGGAGAGAGAAGAAGAGGUUCCUGAGAGCGCUCUGGAUCACUAGGAUUGGAGCAGCUUCUCUGGAACAUGGUUUGAAGUACCCAUCUUUCAUAAGCAAUCUGCUUAAGUCCCAGGUGGAGCUGAAUAGGAAGGUGAUUGCAGAUCUGGCUAUUUACGAGCCAAAGACAUUCAAGUCCCUAGCUGCCUUAGCCCAGAGGAGGAGACAAGAAGGCUUCCUUGCCGCCCUGGGAGAUGGGAAAGAACCAGAGGGGAUCUUCUCCCGCAUCGUACACCGCCAGUAUUGAUGGCAAAGAGCCUGCAGACGCGUGUUAUGAACAGGAACUUGUGCUGCAGGGUCAGCUCGCUUACUGACCGCUGCUGAGGGAGCGUGGCUGUGGGGCAGAGUCCUCACAGAUGGUUCCAGAAGGAGGAGGAGGAG